GAAUUCCACCAUAUCAUGAGAUUUCAAGUGACAAUGAUUUUGUGUUAAGUAUUUGUCAAGGUUUACAUCCAGUAAUUCCUUCUAAUGUACCACCACUAUUAACCAAAUUGAUGAUGGAGUGUUGGGAUGCUCAGCCAGACAAAAGGCCAACUUCUAAAAAAUUAUUUACCAUAAUAAAUAAAUGGUUGAUAAGUGGUGCACAUGUGGCAUUUGAUGAAUUUAACACAUCAACAACAACACCACAAUCUAAUGCUGAAGAUCUUAUUACCUAUGAUCUUCCAUCACCAAUAAAUGUACUGGAUUUUGAGUCACUAUUCUGA